CGUUAAGAUAAAACCAGUAACAGUGCAGCCAACUGAACGACUGUUGAGUUGAACAGAAGAGGUUUUCUGUUUAGUAUUUCGGUUUAGAUUUGGAUGAUCGCUCUUCAUGUUUGUGAUGGAUUUUAGGAAAGGACUCGUUUUAGUCCUACUUUUCUUUGCCGUUGAUGCACGGAGAAUGAGGGUGAUCCCUGCUGUUCAGAGACCGAGAACAGAGCCGCCGUCGGAGGUUGUAGAACAGAAAUCAGGGCCGUUAUUCAUAGUGAUGUUUCCUGGAGUGAUUGAGUCUGGUUCUGAAGCCAAAUUGUGUGCAAGUCUUCUGAAACCCCAAGAGAAACUCACAAUGACCAUUUCUCUGCUGGAUGAGAAAAAUGUGGUAACUCAACUUGUGCAGCAGAGCUCUCGGAUAGCAUUUCACCGUUGCUUUAGUUUCCAGGCUCCUAAAGUAGAUGGAGAAUCUGUGCAGAAGCUUCAGGUGGAAGUUAAUGGGGGUGGCUUCAAAGUGAAGGAAGAGAGCAAAGUCAUGUUCAAAAGUUACCAGCCUUUGACUUUCAUUCAAACAGACAAACCCAUCUACAAUCCAGGACAGACGGUUAACUUCAGAGUUGUCACAAUGGAUACCAAAUUUGUGCCUCUUGAUCAAAUGUAUAGUUUGGUGGUAGUAGAGGACAACUCUAAAAACCGGAUUGGGCAGUGGACAAAUGUUACCUCAGGGUGGAUAUUGGGGCUUUCUCACCAGUUAAACCCAGAAGCUCAGGUUGGGAUGUACACACUGAAAGCUUUUAUUGGUGAGAGAAUGACCUCACAGGUUUUUGAGGUGAAAAAAUAUGUCUUGCCCAAGUUUGAUGUGACCAUAAAUGCACCACCGAUGUACAGCAUUGCAGAUGUGGGACUGACCGUUGAGGCUUGUGCCAAAUACACGUAUGGGCAGCCUGUACCUGGUCAAGCGUUGGUGCAAGUGUGUCGUGAUCCAUAUGUUGUGUCUAAGUUGACCCGUCAGUGCCUGAAUAAAACCACUAAGAUGGACGACACUGGCUGUGCCUCCCUUACUAUCAGUACGUCAGAGUUUUUCAAGCCAAAAUCUGAGCAUUUACAAGAUUUAUUUUCUGUUAUUGUGAAUGUCACUGAGGAGGGAACAGAUGUAGUGAUCUCAAAAGCCACAACUGUGGCCAUUACAUUUGAAGUCGGCAAGGUCAAAUUUUUGGACCUCCCAGAUUACUAUGAACCUGGAGAAGUGAUUAGUGGAAAGAUCUCAGUGUGUCACUUCAAUGGGACUCCAAUCGCGAACAAAGCGGUGUAUCUGCUGGAUGGUAACAGCUGGCCCAAGAAACUGCUGCUGAAUCUGACCACAAAUCAGAAAGGAGUGGCCAAGUUCUCCUUAAACACUGUUAAGCUUGCUAAAGCCGCUCUGAAUCUGGUGGCAAGUGCAACUCCAGCCAUUGUUUAUAGUUUCAAGUCAGCAUACUUCGCUACAGAUACUAGAGCUGUUCAGCUUCUCCAGCUUGGUUCUUCCAGCAACCCAACGAUUAGUGAACUGAGUAUAGUAAAGCUUGAGCAACCACUUAAGUGUGAUGCUGUGGUUCCCAUAACCGUGAAGUAUGCAUUUGUUGGAGAAUCUGGUGGCUACAGUGUUGACAUCAUCUAUAUGGUCUUAUCCAGAGGAGUGAUUGUUCUCCAUGGAUUUAAAAAGAUCACCUCAAGGGCUUCUGAUACGGUCACAAGUGGCACAGUGUCGUUCCAGCUGUCUGUCGGUGUUGAUAUGGCUCCAGUAGUGCAGAUUCUGGCCUUCUGUGUUCUGCCCAGUGAGAAUGUGGUUGCUGCUAGUGCAGCGUUUGACACCGAAAUGUGUUUCCAAAACCAGGUGUCUCUGCAGUUUUCUCCAGCUACAGCUGUUCCUGGUGAAGAAAACUCUUUGACUGUGUCUGCUCAAGCAGGAUCCCUGUGUGGCCUCAGUGCUGUUGAUCAGAGUGUUCGGAUCAUGGAGCCAGGAAGACGUCUGAGUCCUAAAAUGGUGUUUGACUUGCUCCCGAUGCAGUCAGUUUACCCAUACAGUGUGGAGGAUGAACCAGAGUGUAUAGGUUUUCAACCCCGUAUACGUUUUCGACCCAGUCAAUCUAUUGUUAUAAGUCAAGCCUACACCACCUUCAAGAGCGUGGGAAUAAAGAUCACAACCAACAUUGCUGCAUUAGCCCUUCGGUGCCAAGAAUAUCAAUACGGCUUCCGUGAAGCCAUCGGAAGGUUUUAUGGAGUGGCUCAGGGUCGGGCUUUUGCUCCGGCUCCGGCUGCUAUCCCUCUGCAAGCAGAAACUGCUGGAGCCCAGCGCUCUUUUGAAGUGACUGUCAGGACUUACUUUCCAGAAACCUGGAUCUGGCAGCUUGCUCAAGUGGAUGAAACUGGAUCCACACGAGUACCCCUCAAGGUUCCUGACACCAUCACCACAUGGGAGACGGAGGCAUUCUGUGUGUCCUCCAAAGGCUUUGGCUUGGCUCCUCCGGUUCAGCUGACGGUCUUCCAGCCCUUCUUCCUGGAGCUCUCCCUGCCUUACUCCAUCAUCCGUGGAGAGUCUUUUGAGCUGAAGGCCACAGUCUUCAACUACCUGUCCAAGUGCAUCGUGGUUAAAGUGACUCCAGCUUCUUCCUUGGCCUUUACUCUUAAACCACUUAAUGAGCCAUACUCAUCCUGUCUCUGUGCCAAUGGGAGAAAGACCUUUAAAUGGGUGUUCACGGCUUCUGUACUCGGACCUGUUAAUGUGACUGUCAGUGCUUCAGCUGAACAAUCCCAGACUCUAUGUGGCAGUGAGGUUGUGACUGUGCCAACAAGGGGACGCAUUGAUGAAGUCACUCAAAGUCUACUUAUUCUGCCUGAAGGAGUUGAAAGGACAAACUCCCAGAGUUGGUUACUCUGUCCAAAGGGAAACACGCUUUCUGAAGAUGUGCUUCUGACAUUUCCAGCAGAUGUGGUUCAGGGAUCAGCCAGAUGUUCGGUUUCAGUCCUUGGGGACAUAAUGGGUCGUGCCCUGAAGAAUCUGGACCGGUUAUUAAAGCUGCCAUAUGGCUGUGGAGAACAGAAUAUGAUUGUUCUUGCUCCUAAUAUUUACAUCCUGCUUUACCUGGAAACCACAGGGCAACUCACAGAAGCCAUUCGACAGACUGCCACGGGCUACCUUCACAGUGGAUACCAAGGACAACUGAACUACAGGCACAGUGAUGGUUCAUACAGCACAUUUGGUAACGAUGAAUCGAACACAUGGCUGACCACCUUUGUCCUGAGAUCUUUUGGUCUGGCGAGGCAGUUUAUUUUCAUUGAUCCACAUGUACUGCAGAGUGCAAAGGAUUGGUUGAUCGGCAAGCAGGGUUCAGAUGGCUGCUUCAUACAGCAGGGAACUCUGUACCACAAUGAAAUGAAGGGUGGGGUUGGUGACCGUGUGACGAUGACCGCCUACAUUACAGCAUCACUGCUUGAACUAAGUGUCCCCAUCACGGAUCCGGUCAUCACCAAUGCUCGAUCUUGCUUGAGGCCCGUCGUUGGGAACCUGGGAAACACGUACGCCACUGCUCUGCUUGCCUACACCUUCAGUCUGGCUGGAGAGACCAGCACUCGAGCACAGCUUUUAACUGCCUUGAACAACGUUGCUAUUUCUGAAGGCAACAAGCUCCACUGGUCUCAGACGUCAUCUGGUGACACUCUGGCGGUGGAGAUCAGCUCGUAUGUGCUGCUAGCGGUUCUCUCUGUACAGCCUCUCACGACCACUGAUCUGGGGUAUGCUAACCGCAUUGUCAACUGGCUUGUGGCCCAGCAGAAUCCUUAUGGAGGCUUUUCCUCCACCCAGGACACUGUGGUGGCUCUUCAUGCUCUGUCUCUGUACGCCGCUGAAGUGUUCAGCCUGGAGGGCUCCAGCACUGUUACUGUACAGCCAUCUGUGGCAGGAGAGGUGUAUAACUUUGAUGUGAAUCAGGACAACAGGCUGCUGUAUCAGGAGAAGCCACUAAAGAACAUUCCUGGCAAAUAUAGUGUUGAAGUGAAGGGCUCCAAUUGCGUGUCUGUGCAGGUUGCAUGUUUCUACAACAUCCCAACUCCUAUUCUAGUUGCCAAAACGCUGAGUGUUGAAGUGAAGGUGACUGGAGACUGCCAAGGAGCCAAUAUCAUGGUGAACAUAACUGUGAAAUACAAUGGCCCAAAAGCUAGCACUAACAUGGUUAUAGUGGACAUUAAGCUCCUGUCAGGCUUUACUGCUGAUACAACACUGCUAGGACCUCUGCCCGACUUGUUUGACCCGAUAGUGGAGCGGGUUGAUUCUGGCGAGGACCAUGUCCUAGUGUAUCUGAAAGAGAUUUCCAAAGGUGUCCCUAUGACUUACAGUCUGCUGCUGAAACCGAUUCUUGUAGUGAAAAAUCUCAAGCCAGCUGUCAUCCGUGUUUAUGACUACUAUCAGCCAAGUGAUUCAUUUGAGACUACCUACAUGUCUCCUUGUCCUUGAUCUGUUUCCGUGCUGGUUACGGAAUCCAUGAAAUAAAACCGCUUUUAUUCCAUCA